AUGGGCUGGGAUGAAGAUUGUUGGCGUAGUGACAAGCCAGAGUUUCGGGAAGAGGAUGAUUACGAGGAAGGUAUGAGAGAUGAGGGACGGGGAGGAAGGAGGUCCGUUCGAGUAGGAUCGGAUGGAAAAGGCAGGUUGAGGUUUAAGGAGAAUGGUCAUAAGCGGGGCACAUUCCCUGAUGAUGGCCCAGACCAGCAAUAUGGUGAUGAUUAUUUGGAGAGGCAAGGGCGUGAGCCUGUUGAGGAUCAUAAAAGAUACGGGGGAAGACAUGAAACAGAAGAGAGGCGCGCUGGACAGGAGAAGGAACAGAGAUUGGAUGGGACAGGCGAAUAUGAAGUUGGUAUUGGAGAUGGUCCGGUGCAGGGAAAUGGGCACAGGGAGAUACAAAGGGGAAAAGAGCAUCAGAAGAGGCCCAGGCAGGAUGAUGGAGAGGGGGUGGGAAUGGGCAGCUGGAGUGAUGCAGAUGAGGAGCAGAAGGGCAUUGAUGACUCUGACCUUCUUACCUUCCUUAAGACUAAGGCCAAGAGAGGUAGAGGGGCCAUUGGCUCUCGUGCCGAUGCAUGGGGAUCGGAGCCGCCUUCACAACUUGCAGGCAUGCAGGGAGACGCAAAGGAGGGGAGUGGAGCAGUGGGCAUGCUGCUGGCGCGAGUGAGGGAGGAGUGGGAGGACAGCGUGAUCUUUAAAUAUUAUCUUUGCGAAAAGCUAGCAGCCAUGCCGAACGUCGACUGUAGAAUGUACGAGGCGAAGUUUCCGGAGGUAGAGCAGGUGGUGAUGGUUCAAGUUAAGAACAUCGCCGAUAUGGGCGCGUAUGUUUCGCUUCUUGAGUACAACAAUAUCGAGGGUAUGAUUCUCCUAUCGGAGCUAUCCCGUCGUCGCAUUCGUUCUAUAUCGAGUCUGAUCAAGGUCGGCCGGCAAGAGCCCGUUAUGGUGGUCCGCGUGGACAAGCAGAAGGGUUAUAUCGAUCUAUCGAAGCGGCGUGUAUCGGAGGAGGAGGUGGCGGCGUGCGAGGAGAAGUACAAUAAGUCCAAGAUGGUUCACAGCAUCAUGCGCCACGUGGCAGAGACGUCCGGCGUCGAUGUCGAGGUGGGAACGAUCGCACGAGACCUCCGCUGUUUCUUCCAAAUUCUUGGCGCCCCUUUGAACACCUUUCCCCCUCUCCCGUCCCCCUCUCUCGUCCCCCUCUCCCCUCUCCUAUUCCUCUCUUCCCCACCCCCCACCCUCUCUUCCCCUCUGCCUCCUCCCGUCGUGGCCGUGCAGGAGCUAUACACGAACGUGACGUGGCCGCUGUACCGCAAAUACGGACACGCGUUCGAGGCGUUCAAGCUGGUGGUGACGGAUCCAGACGCGGUGCUGGGGGGGCUCACCAAGGAGAUCACUGAGACAGGCGAAGACGGCAAGGAGGUGAAGAGGGAGGUGCCGGCAAUGCCAGAGGACGUGAAGGCGAACCUGAUUGCCAACAUCCGGCGCAGAAUGACCCCACAGCCCCUCAAGAUCCGAGCAGACAUCGAGCUCAAGUGCUUCCACUACGAUGGCGUGCUGCACAUCAAGGAUGCCAUGCGCCGCGCGGAGCAGGAGAGCGAGGAGGACUGUGCGGUGCGCAUUGUGCUUGUGGCACCGCCGCUCUACGUCCUCACCACCUUCACACUCGCCAAGGACAAGGGCAUAGCGGUGUUGGAGCGGGCCAUCAGAGCAGCGAGUGAAGAGAUCGACAAGCACAAGGGCAAGCUCACAGUCAAGGAGGCGCCGCGAGCGGUGAGUGACCGUGAUGACCGGUUGCUGGCAGAGCACAUGCAGAAGCUCACAGACGCCAACGCUGAGGUGGAUGGUGACGUGGACAGCGAGGAUGAGGACGAGGGCAUGGGCUCUGUUGACAUUGACAACGCCGAGGUCCUGCGGGAGAACAAGCGCAUGCUGGACCGGUCAAUUCGGGAGCUGGACCGCGAGCGAGCGCAGCUGCAGCAGCAGGAGAAGAAGCUCGUUGCUGACAUCAAGAAGUCGGCGAAGCAAGGGCAGAUGACCCAUACCCAUACCCCCUCCUCCUCCCCGCGCAUGCCCUCUUGUGAAACAGGGUGCGGUGGUGCGGUGCGGGUGAUGGCCAAGGAUCUGAUCCGCACGCGGCAUCAGAUCACCAAGUUCUACGGGCUCAAGUCCCAGCUGCAGGGCGUGUCCCUGCGGAUACAGACCCUCAAGUCCACCCAGGCUAUGGCAGACGCUAUGAAGGGCGUGACCAAGGCCAUGCGAUCCAUGAACAAGCAGCUCAACCUGCCAGCCAUGCAGAAGGUGAUGCGGGAGUUUGAGAUGGCGAAUGAGCGCAUGGAGAUGACUUCAGAGAUGAUGGGCGACGCCAUAGACGAUGCGAUGGAGGGCGACGAGGAGGAGGAGGAGACGGAGGAGCUGAUCAAUGAAGUGCUGGAUGAGAUCGGCAUCGACAUCAACCAACAGCUUCAUUGCUGUACGGGCACUCCCCGAGACCGAUCACUCACACUCCUCCCCGUCGCCCACGCGCACUCCGUUCCCGCUGCCCACGCGCACUCCGUUCCCGCUGCCCACGCGGACUUCCUUCCGUUGCCCACGCUCAAGACCUGCCCGUCGCCCACGCUCACUCCCUUCCCAUCGCCUUCGCGCAAUCGUGUCGUCGCCCUCUCUCAAUCCCUUCCGUCGCCCGCGCGGACUCCCUUCCCGUCGCCCACGCUCACUCCCUUUCCACCGCGCAAUCCGUCCGUCGCACACGCACACCCCCGCUCGUCGCACAUGGCCAAUUCCCUCUCGUCGCACGCUGCCGCCCGCGCCGCGCACUCCCUUUCGGUCUCCUUCCGCCGCCCACGCUCACUCCCUCCCGCCGCGACGGGCCCCUCUGUCGCCCAUGCUCACUCCCUCUCGUCGCCCACGCUCACUCCUCCCCGUUGUGCACGCUCUCUCCCCAUCCGUCGCCCACGCUCACUGCUCGUACGUCGCACACUCUCACUCCCUUCCGUCGCCCACGCUUACCCCCCUCCAGUCGCCUUCGCUCACUCUCUUCCGUCCCCUUUCUCCCUUCUCAUAGCCACCCUUAGUCCCUUGUCAUCUCCACCCUUACUCCCUUGUCAUCUCCACCCUUACUCCCUUGUCAUCUCCACCCUUACUCCCUUGUCAUCUCCACCCUUACUCCCUUGUCAUCUCCACCCUUACUCCCUUGUCAUCUCCACCCUUUCUCCCUUGUCAUCUCCACCCUUUCUCCCUUGUCAUCUCCACCCUUACUCCCUUGUCAUCUCCACCCUUUCUCCCUUGUCAUCUCCACCCUUUCUCCCUUGUCAUCUCCACCCUUUCUCCCUUGUCAUCUCCACCCUUACUCCCUUGUCAUCUCCACCCUUUCUCCCUUGUCAUCUCCACCCUUUCUCCCUUGUCAUCUCCACCCUUUCUCCCUUGUCAUCUCCACCCUUACUCCCUUGUCAUCUCCACCCUUUCUCCCUUGUCAUCUCCACCCUUUCUCCCUUGUCAUCUCCACCCUUACUCCCUUGUCAUCUCCACCCUUACUCCCUUGUCAUCUCCACCCUUACUCCCUUGUCAUCUCCACCCUUACUCCCUUGUCAUCUCCACCCUUACUCCCUUGUCAUCUCCACCCUUACUCCCUUGUCAUCUCCACCCUUACUCCCUUGUCAUCUCCACCCUUACUCCCUUGUCAUCUCCACCCUUACUCCCUUGUCAUCUCCACCCUUACUCCCUUGUCAUCUCCACCCUUACUCCCUUGUCAUCUCCACCCUUACUCCCUUGUCAUCUCCACCCUUUCUCCCUUGUCAUCUCCACCCUUUCUCCCUUGUCAUCUCCACCCUUACUCCCUUGUCAUCUCCACCCUUACUCCCUUGUCAUCUCCACCCUUACUCCCUUGUCAUCUCCACCCUUACUCCCUUGUCAUCUCCACCCUUACUCCCUUGUCAUCUCCACCCUUACUCCCUUGUCAUCUCCACCCUUUCUCCCUUGUCAUCUCCACCCUUUCUCCCUUGUCAUCUCCACCCUUUCUCCCUUCUCAUCUCCACCCUUUCUCCCCUCAGGCUAGAGUUAGAGUCAGCGCAUUCAGCGUACAAAUGGCAGCGGUUUAUUUCCAUGUGCAGCACCAUCCCUCACCUCACCAUCCCUCACCUCGCCAUGCCUCACCUCGCCAUCCCUCACCUCGCCAUGCCUCACCUCGCCAUCCCUCACCUCGCCAUGCCUCACCUCGCCAUGCCUCACCUCGCCAUGCCUCACCUCGCCAUGCCUCACCUCGCCAUGCCUCAACUCACCAUCCCUCACAUCCCCAUCCCUCACAUCCCCAUCCUUCAUCUCACCAUCCCUCACCUCCCCAUCCCGCAUCUCCCCAUCCCUCACCCCAUCUCCGUCUCACCUCCCCAUCUCCGCCGCACCCUGUUGUGUGGCAUCGUCACACGUCGCCAUUUCUCACCUCUUCCUACUUCCCAUCCCCCUCUACCGCCCUUCCUAUAUCUCUCUCUCAAUCCUUUUUCUCGCCCUGCCAUCCUACUUCCCAUCCCCCUUUCCCCGUUUCCCCCAUCCUUCGUUUCCCUAUCCCGUCAUUCCCUCUCCCUCCACUCCCCAUCCUUCCAUUCCCCAUGCCUACUUUCACCAUUCCACCAUACCCCAUCCUGCGACCUUCCCGUCAUCUCCACCUCAUCCCCUCCCCUCCCUGCUUCUUCCCAUCUUCCACCUCGCCAAAAGUUCCUUCCCUGCACUACCAUGCGCAAUACCUCUUUCCCUUACGCUGUUACUCCAGAUAUUUUCAUACCUCCUUUGCACGCUCCCAAACCCAUCCCUCCUCACCACUUCCCUCCUCUUCCCAUCCAUCCUCUCCUCAUCCCUCCCCAUCCGUCCUUUCCCCAUCAGAUUCUCUCCCCCUCCCCUCCAGGUGUUUCCCACACCGCCCUCGGCCCAGCGGCACCUCCUCAUCCCUUGUGCUUUUCUUCACCAGGAGCUGCUUGGGGUGCUGUGGACGGAUGGCGGUGGGCAGAGUCACGCAGCAGAGACUGGACGUGGUGCUGCUUGUCCACCCUUCCCCCCGUCCUCCCAACCUCUCUUCCUCCCUUCAUCACUUCAUCCCUUCAUCACUUCCUCCCUUCCGCCUCACCCCAUUCCGCCUCACCCCAUUCCGCCUCACCCCAUUCCGCCCCACCCAAUUCUACCUCACUCCGUUCCGCCCCACCCAAUUCUACCUCACCCCAUUCCCCCUGCCAUCCUACUUCCCAUCCCCUUUUCCUCCUUUCCCCAUCCCUCCUUUCCCCAUCCCAUCAUUCCCUCUGCCUCCGUUCGCCAUCCUUCCAUUCCCCAUGCCUACUUUCACCAUUCCACCAUACAGUCAUACCCCAUCUCGCAACCUCCCCGUCACCUCCACCCCGUCCCCUCCCCUCCCUGCUUCUUCCCAUCUUCCGCCUCGCUAGAACGUUCGUUCUUCACCACCUCCUAUACCCAUCCCCUACCAAUCCCCUCCUCUCCCCAUCCAUCCUUUCCCCUUCGAUCCUCUCCCUAUCCCUUCUCUUGCCAUCCAUCCUCUUCGAAACCCAUUAUUUUCUCAUUCCCUCCUCUCCCCGCCCCUUCCUCCACGUCUCCCAUCUGCCGUACCUCAACCCCCUCUGUUCCUCCCAUCCUCCAUCCUCAUUUCCUCCCUGCCACCUUUUCUCCUCCCCACCUUCCUCCCCUCCCUUCUGCUUCUCUCCCCCACGUCCUCCCUACCUCCCUUCCUCCCAUCAUCCCUUUCCCCCUUCAACCCUUCAUUCCUCACUUCCUCAUUUGUGUCAUUCUUUUGCAUGCGUUCUUCCUUUCUACUACAGUUCCGUCACAUCUGACUUCCUGGUGUGUGUUUGUACAGGGGUGCUCUGCAUCAGGUUGUGA